GUGGAGAGGGGGUGAGUUGAACUUUGAAUUUUUCUCUUCUCUUCUUGCAUUUGUUUGUGAAGAGUAAUAAGUUCUAACAGCCAGCAAAUGCUGGAAUACUUCUUAUGUCUUAAUAAUUGCAGACUUUUAUUUCUCUUUCUCUCUCUUCAAACUGUUCACAGAGGACCAUACACACACACACACAUACAUGAAGCCAAGCAACCGAGAAAAAGAAACCAAAGCAGAAAUCAGCUUAUGUUACUUUUUCUCAUGAUGCUUCAGAAACCUUGGAGUUUUUUCUCAGAACCUGUCUGAAAGGAAAAUAGAUUGUCUUCUUUCUGUUCAACAGAUUCUUUCACUCACCCUCUAAAUUUUCUGAUAAAUUCUCUGCAAAUCCUACUCAUUUUUCCUCUAUAUUUUCGCUUGCGGGAUUUUUGUGAUUCUUCCGUUUGAAAUUUCUUGAAACCCUCAAGUCAAGAAUGCUUCUUUCAACAGACAUUGCUUCUUUCUCUGCAUAUGCAUGUGUUAUAUGAUUGAGGGCUUGUUCAAGAUAUUUUGAAAGUUGUGAAGGGAAAAAAAAAAUGUCUGAACCAUCAAAAGUUCGUUUAGUUCGUUGCCCAAAGUGUGAGAAAUUACUGCCAGAGGUGACCCAUUACUCUGUUUAUCAGUGUGGUGGUUGUGGUGCUGUGCUGAGAGCCAAGAACAAAGGUGUUGACUUGGAAACAUUCUCAGAGAUGUCUGAUGAGGAAAGUAAUGGAGGUACUGUAGAGAAGCUCUCUGAUAGAUACGAGACAGUGAUGAAUGUUUCUGAGAGAAGAAUGAUGGACAUGAGUGAUGGUUCCGAGAGUGAGGUGAGGUCAAACGUUAGUUCAUCCAGCCGAGCUGAGAGGAGGAGGGUUUUGCGUGAUAGAGCUGAAAAUAGUAGGUCUAGUUUGACAAGUAAACAGGAAAAGUGGGCUGUUGAAGCUGAUCUAAUCCAAGAUAAAAACUCAGAUGAACUCCACCAGGCGAAAAAUGCUCAAGGCCUUGAGGAUUCGGUGAUUUAUUAUGAGAAUGAGAACUGGGUGAGAAGGUCAGGGCGGGCUGUGGACAGCCGGAAUGGGGAGAAAAGUGAAACAGAGAGUUUCUGGAGGGCUCAGAAAAUGGAUGCUGAAGUUAUUAGUCAUACGGAAGAGGGCCCGUCUAGAUCUAGUUAUGGUCAUGAAAAUCCAGCUAGGAACAGGAAGGAUGUGGACGGGCUUAAUAGUGUCGACUGCAUCGGGGAAGAUCAAGCUGCACUUUUGAAAAAAUUGGAUGAGCUGAAAGAUCAGCUGAGCCGGUCUGGCAAUUUGAUCGACAAGGGUAAAGAAAAGCUUCCCACUGAUAGGAGGAUGGCUCAUCAGGAUCCUUAUUAUUCUGAGAAUUGGUAUCCUGAUGCAUCACUGGAAAUGAAUAGGAUGUCAAUACAAAACAUGCAUCCUGAUGCCCAGAUUAAAAAGCCACUUUAUCAGAAUCAGUAUGCUGAGCCACCUCCUUUGAUGCAUAGGCAAGAAAUUGGGAGCAAUGGUUUUUAUCCUCCACGAUAUGCUCCCAAUCAUGUCCAAGGAUAUGGGGAUCCAUCAAGGUCUCACAUGCACAGAAGCGGUCCACACCAAGCCCCGGCACCUUAUCAAAUAUCGUCAUCUCAUGCAUAUAUGUCGGGACCAUAUAGGGAUGAUGGUGUGGUUUAUAUGGAGACAAUGGAACCAUAUCCUCCUAAUUUCAGCCGUCAUCAUCCAUCUUGCUCUUGUCAGCAGUGCCGCAACAAGAGACAAGUUCCUACCCCUACUCUGCCAAGUGCCUAUAGUGACAAAUACUCUGAUGUCAGAAAUGAUAGGACUUUUAAUUAUCAAAAUAAUCCUGGUCCGUUUGGCUCACGAGAGUAUAACCACAGUAUUUCCAAUCCUCCUCCCUUAAGAUCUCACAGUGCUCAGUCACAGGCAAGAUGGUCUAGUGAUGUGAGUUCUGAAGCGGAUCGUUUUAUUCGUCAACGUCCUCCCAGAGUGCAUUUACCCUCUGGUGGAAGACAUUGCCACCCUAUAGCUGGUGGUGCUCCAUUUUUGACAUGCUACAAUUGUUUUGAGUUGCUGCUAUUGCCUAAGAAAGUUCUCAGUAAGAAGAAGGGCAGAAAGAAAAUGAGAUGCAAGGCGUGCUCUACAGUGAUUGUCUUUACACUGUCUGACAAGAAAUUAGUCGUUACGAUUGAUGUAGAGGCUGAGGAUAAUCCUGUAGAAGUUGACAACAAGCAUCAUGUGCUAUCGACACGUGGUGAUGGGCAUCUGAACCAAACUAGGACGACCUUUUCAUCUGAUGAUUAUGAUAAUUCUGGUUAUGAUUUCCACUCUAUGGAUAGAGAAACCGGACAAAUAUCCCCUGAACAUCAGGGAAGGGCUAAUAAAUCUACAGAUAUUAAAAGCCGCAAUUCCCUGUCUACCUAUACUUCCGAGGCCGAGGAAGACAGGGAAAGUUCGCAUUCCAGAAGAAAAGAUUCUAGCUCGAUCGAUAUGUCAACGAAGGAUAAAGGGCCUCCACCUCCUGCAGGUUCAUCUCUUCAAGAUUACUUUGAAUAUUCAAAUAAGUAUCAGGCGGCGAACCGUCCUGGGGACGGAAAUAGAAGGGAACCCUCUGAACAUGACAGACUUUUACCAAACAAGACUACCGCUCGACAGAUUUCGAGGAAGGACUCCUCAGCAACUGAGAUAGAUUUAUCAUCCAAUGAGUACUUUAAUACAGGAACAACCUUUGAUUCCGGUGAAGCAAGCAGAGAGGGAGACCGCCUUCGAGUCAGUACGGCAGCUGAUUCAUUCUUUGCUGGCAUUAUGAAAAAGAGCUCCAAAGAUUCAAAUAGAUCCACUGAACCCUCUGAGCAAGAAAAAGCCAAUGUUACUGUUAACGGGCAUCUAAUACCAGAUCGAUUGAUUAAGAAAGCUGAGAAGCUGGCUGGACCAAUCCAUCCUGGGAAUUACUGGUACGAUUUUCGAGCAGGAUUCUGGGGUGCGAUGGGAGGUCCUUGUCUUGGCAUAAUUCCUCCAUUUAUAGAAGAAUUUAACUACCCUAUGCCAGAACAUUGUGGUGGUGGAAACACGCACAUCUACGUAAACGGCCGAGAACUCAACCAGAAAGAUCUGAAUUUACUGGGAAGUAGAGGGCUCCCAACCGAAAGGGACAAGUCGUACAUCAUUGAGAUCUCUGGCAGAGUCCUGGACGAGGAUACUGGCGAGGAGCUACAAAGCCUAGGCAAACUUGCCCCAACUGUGGAGAGGGUAAAGCAUGGAUUUGGCAUGAGAGCUCCAAAGCAGUAGCUCUCUGAGGAACUCCAAGGUUCCCAUUUCUAGUCUCUAAUGCAUGAAUGCUCCUGCUGCAAAUACUUUUUUUCAGUAAGAAAAUUACGAUGAAAGUUUUAUACUUUACGUUUUGCAAUUGCUGCUGUUCGUCUAUGCUUGAUUGAUUGGUUCAACCUUGAGAUUCAUAUUCAGCGUCCAUGGAGUUCUAUUCAGCAUGUAAAAUCCCUUUCCUUGUCACCUUCGGAUGUGGCUGCCGAGCAUCUUCUUCUUGUAAAAAAUAGUUUGAUGUCAUUACGUUCUCAUCCAUUUCCUUCUUUUCUUUUUCCCCAAUGGAUCCAAGAAUCAAGUAUGGAAUUGGAUCCUUGUAAUAGGGACAGAUAAGGUGGUACUUUUAUCUUCUUUUUGGUCAUGGAUUUGGCUUGACAGAGUGUAAUUUUUGUAAAUUCAUUGCAAGUUUAUGUGAAUCCUUUUGUCUGUAAACCGUGCAAGGGUGUUGCAAUC